UCUCUUGGGUUUUCGUUUGAGCGCCUUCUGCUUGCUUGCAUUUUGAGUAGUAAAGCAAGGCGAGGCAGAUAUCGCGUCCGCUCGAGAGCGCUACGUGCUGCUGAUACCCUACCGCUUCUGCGGCACUGUGCUAGCCUCCAUUCCGACGGCGUAGCAUAAAAUACUAGUGAUCAUUACUACCAUCGUUGCUAUAGCUGUAUCAGACACAAUUGUGUUGGUGGGUUUUCAGCAAGUGCAAGCUUGCGGUGAAGGUCUCAGUGUUGGUGUGAGCGUCUCGUACGCCCUAUCAGAACAGAUCCGAGGUAAUGGGCCGCAAGAAGAAGAAGCCGUCAAAACCCUGGUGUUGGUACUGCAACCGGGAAUUUGAUGAUGAGAAAAUCCUUAUUCAGCACCAGAAAGCAAAGCACUUCAAGUGUCAUGUCUGCCAUAAGAAACUUUUCACCGGACCGGGGCUUGCUAUACAUUGCAUGCAGGUCCACAAAGAGACUCUAGACAAGGUGCCAAACGCUUUGCCAAACCGCAAUUCUGUCGACAUCGAAAUCUACGGAAUGGAAGGCAUUCCACCGGAGGAUAUCAAAGAGCACCAGCGGGACGCGGGUUCUUCUAAUGGAGGCGUAGGAGGUGGCCGUGAAGAUGAUGAUUCACCGCCUCCAGUCCCACCGGCACCUCCAGUACCUCAGGCUGCUCAGCCUCCGGCAGGAGCCGGCCUACCAACACACCCAACAAAUGUUGCCGGAAUACCGCCACAUCCCCACCAUCCGCAGUUAGCAGCGAUGGGGGUGCCCCCUUUUGGCACACCGCCGCCACCACCUGGGAUGCCAGGGGCGAUGCCUCCGCCGUAUGGAAUGCCCCCAGGCUUUCCUCUGCCCCUCGGCUUUCCUAUGAUGCCACCAGGAAUGACAGGUGCGCUCCCUCCGGGAAUGCAUCCACCGUUCGGUCCUCAUCCCGGUGGAUUAGCAGCGCUUGGUGGCAGCAUGAUGGCUGCCGUACCCCCGGCGGUACCGGCAAGACCAUUGUUCCCUGCUGCACAGAGUCUUCAACAACAGCAGCAGCAGCAACAGCAGCAGCAGCAACAACAGCAGCAACAACAACAACAAGCCAAUGCUGCGUCUGCGGCAGCUGCUACUAGCCUAAGCGGAACGGCGUCCGCCGCUUCUAGCCCUGCUGUAGUCUCUGCACCGCCGAUACCAGCUGCUCGGCCUCAAGUAGGCGACGCCAAAGAGCAGGUUCCACAGGCACAAGUCACGGUAUCAGCGUCUGCCGAACUAAGGUCGUGGCAAAAUGCACCUGUUGGAGUGGUUGUCUCGGCCGAGGGCACGAAAAUUGUUCACCCUGAAAAGGAUCUUUCUUUGGAAGAGCUCCGGAUGCAAAUGCCCGCUUACAAGCGCUUCCUGAUGGUGAAAUAAGUGGGUCUGUCGAUGUUUAUGUACAGGUGGCCAUGAGCAGACAGCCUCCUCUUAGACGUGCGUUUCUUACGACGUGGGGCAAGCAAAUUAACUUGAUCUCUCGGAAACCAUGCUUAGUGGGGUGCGGCCUGUGUCGCCUAAUUAAUGAUGCCUGUGACUAAAGAGCUGUACAGCUAGGGUCAAGAGAAGGUAGCGGAUAGGCUAAAAGCAGCGGGUGGUGGGGAAUUAGGGGUAGUUCUGGGUUCAUCAUCCGAAGCAACAACAUCAACAACCGCUGACCCGAACCAGCAGCACGCUGGGUAUGUAAUCUCAUCAACAUGUUUAAUUUUCUACAGACGUUUCUCUCUUCCUCUUUUAAAAGGGACUUAGCCAUAGCAUCAAUACUGUCAUUAACCGUUAUCAAUGCACGAUUCGAAACAAUGCGCUGUCAUCAAAACGGGAGUCAUACGUCCCUGUGAAGCUUGCGAAAUCCCAAUAAGAUUUCGCGUCCAUCUGUCCACCUUGAUGAAGCUGGUAGACCCUUUCUAAAUAUUUUUUUGGCAGCACAGAAAUUCUUUCGAUGGUUUUGCUGUAUACAAACUAUAGUUUGAAAAUAGCGGUCUGAAAGAACCGACGCCUAAAUUAGAAAAUGAAAUAGCGAAAUAGACGAACUUGGAGUCCCUUGGGGAACAUUUUAAUUCUACUCCUCUCUGGCUUUUCUGUUUUCGCCAUAGACAAAUCUUGAUUGAAGAAGAGACAUCGAAACUAUUCACAAAACUUGAAUUGAAACUAGGACGCGAAAGGAUUAUCUAACAAAAUAUAAACAACAGCUACGGCAUGGGCAUGUCCUGUUGUUUUUGGAAGUUUUCGUUAGCUAAAAAAAAGUGGCUUGGAGGUUCGAGUACAUAUAUAUAUACAUAUAUAUAUAUGGAAGUGCGUCAUAUGGUAAAGAUUUUGAAUGGUUUAUUUUGUUUGCUUGUAAAGGUUAAUUUGUCGGCUGUAAUGGACCGAUCAAAGCCCUCCAGGCAAAAACUUUUCCUAAGAUAAAAAAAAGGGUGGUUCACAGAGUGGCACGCAAAUGAAAAUGAAGAUGAACUCAUAUUGUUUAUGCUAAAUCAAGUGUACGUCAGUGAAAGGCAACGCGGCCGAAAGAGCAGCUCGUAGCUAAUUGUGAACAAAGAACUGCUACAAUUGUAUUCGCUCUAUUAGAAAAUUAUUGGGCAGAAUGAAAAAGGUAAGGCAAGAACUAGUUCGCGUUGUGUUAGUUUGAUAUGAACGAAAAAUUAUAAUAUUGAUGAUUAAUAAUAACAAUAAGUAGUAAGAAUAAAAACAGAAACGACAAUGGCAUUAAAUAAUGAAUAUAAUAAAUAUUGCUCUGUAUAUAUUGAGAGAAGUGUAGUUUGCUGAGACUCCUUGUUCGUUUCAUUUAAUUGAUUUUUACAUAGAUUGAUAAAAGAUUCUAUAAAAUUAUGUAAAUUAUAACAAAAUGAAGCUUUACGCC